UGAGAAAAGAACAAAAAGAAAACCCAAUUUCCCAACUUCGCACCCCCACUGCGAUCAAAAUCUCUCAACUUGAGCUCCGAUUAAACCCUUUUCAUCCUCACGUCACUUCCAAGUUCCAAACGCCACCAAACGGUAACGGAGUUACUAGCCGGCAGCCGAGCGGCUCGUUUUAAUGUGGCGCACGAUGGUGUGGACUAACCGGGAUAUUUAGGCGAGUCCUAACGCAUAGGAUCCGGAGCGAACAGUGUCGCACGUAAGUUGUGCUUUAACAUUUUAGGUAAUUAGGUGUCUUGAGGCUUCAGGACUGAGGAGGAGAAAAGUUGCAACUCUGUAAGGACCAAGAGAAGGAGCUACAGAGCGGAAGGCCAAGGCGCAACUCGCCACGAACACUCAUCUCUCUGCACUUAAUCCGACGAGGGAUAGAUGCUUGCGAGACCAAGCUAAGGGAUACACCAUGGCAGCCGCCGCAACCUCCAUUCGCUAUGGUGGCGCAGCUUCUGCUAGUGGUGGCGGAAGCCUGGAUGCUCUCAACCGGAUCCUCGCGGACCUAUGCACCAGAGGCAGUCCCAAGGAUGGUUCUGCAUUGGCUCUAAGGAAACAUGUAGAGGAAGAAGCUCGUGAUCUCAGUGGUGAAGCUUUUUCCCGUUUCAUGGAUCAGUUAUAUGAUCGUAUUUCCAGCCUGCUAGAAAGUAAUGAUGUCGCUGAAAAUUUGGGAGCUUUAAGAGCUAUUGAUGAGUUGAUAGAUGUGACUCUUGGGGAGAGUGCCUCCAAAGUUUCAAAAUUUUCCAAUUACAUGCGGACUGUGUUUGAGACCAAGAGAGAUCCGGAAAUCCUAAUACUUGCUAGUACAGUGCUUGGCCAUCUGGCAAGAGCUGGUGGGGCAAUGACUGCAGAUGAAGUAGAGCGCCAGGUGAAAAAUGCAUUGGAUUGGCUUCGUGGGGACAGAAUAGAGUAUCGUCGUUUUGCAGCUGUCUUGAUCUUGAAAGAAAUGGCAGAAAAUGCAUCAACAGUCUUCAAUGUCCAUGUUCCUGAAUUUGUGGAUGCCAUCUGGGUCGCACUGAGGGAUCCAACAUUAGCAGUACGUGAACGGGCUGUAGAGGCAUUGCGUGCUUGUCUUCGUGUUAUUGAAAAACGUGAAACACGUUGGCGUGUGCAGUGGUAUUACCGAAUGUUUGAGGCUACACAAGAUGGAUUGGGUAGAAAUGCUCCAGUUCACAGCAUACAUGGUUCUCUUCUUGCAGUUGGGGAACUUCUAAGGAACACUGGCGAGUUUAUGAUGUCUAGGUAUAGGGAAGUGGCAGAGAUUGUUCUUAGGUACUUGGAGCACCGGGAUCGGCUUGUUCGCCUUAGCAUUACAUCACUGCUACCUCGUAUUGCUCACUUUUUGCGUGACCGUUUUGUUACAAAUUAUCUAACGAUCUGCAUGAAUCAUAUUCUUGCUGUUUUGCGAAUACCAGCUGAGCGUGCCAGUGGGUUCAUAGCUCUUGGAGAAAUGGCUGGUGCUUUGGAUGGGGAACUUGUCCACUAUUUACCAACAAUUACAUCUCAUUUGCGUGAUGCUAUUGCUCCUCGUAGAGGGAGACCCUCACUUGAGGCCUUGGCUUGUGUGGGAAGCUUUGCAAAAUCCAUGGGACCUGCUAUGGAACAUCAUGUUCGUAGUCUUUUGGAUGCUAUGUUUUCUGCUGGUCUUUCUCCUACACUUGUAGAAGCACUUGAGCAAAUAACUGCCAGUAUCCCAUCACUGUUGCCUACCAUUCAAGUACGCUUGCUUGAAUGCAUUUCUAUGGCUCUUUCAAGGCCUCAUUAUCCUCAACCCAGGCCAGGCAGUGUGGUAGUUCGUGGAAAUGUGAUAAGUAAUCCUCAGCAAGUUUCAGAUCUUAGUGGCUCAGCCUUAGUACAGCUUGCAUUGCAGACUCUUGCACGCUUCAAUUUCAAGGGCCAUGAACUUCUUGAAUUUGCAAGAGAAUCUGUUGUAAUCUAUUUGGAAGAUGAGGAUGGUGCUACACGGAGGGAUGCUGCCUUAUGUUGUUGCAGGCUAGUUGCAAACUCUUUUUCAGGAGCAGUGUUGCCGCAGUUCAGUUCUAGCAGAUCCAACCGUACUGGUGGAGGAAAGAGACGUCGUCUUGUUGAGGAGAUUGUGGAAAAGCUUCUCAUUGCAGCUGUUGCAGAUGCUGAUGUUAGUGUUAGACACUCAGUCUUUUCAUCUCUGUAUGGAAACGGGGGAUUUGAUGAUUUUCUGGCACAGGCUGAUAGUCUUAGUGCUGUUUUUGUUGCUCUAAAUGAUGAGGAUUUUGAAGUUCGUGAGUAUGCUAUUUCAGUAGCUGGGAGAUUAUCUGAAAAGAAUCCGGCUUAUGUUCUUCCUGCACUCCGUCGCCAUCUCAUACAAUUGCUGACAUAUCUGGAGCAAAGCAGUACAGAUAGCAAAUGCAGAGAAGAAAGUGCUAAAUUAUUGGGAUGCUUAAUUCGCAAUUGUGAACGACUAAUACUUCCAUAUAUUGCUCCUAUACACAAGGCCCUUGUUGCAAAACUCUGUGAAGGCACUGGGGGGAGUGCUAAUAAUGGUGUUAUCAAUGGAGUUCUUGUAACUGUUGGGGAGCUUGCUAGAGUGGGUGGUUUUGCAAUGAGGCAGUAUCUUUCUGAGCUUAUGCCAUUAAUUGUUGAAGCUUUGCUGGAUGGUGCUGCUGCUACUAAACGUGAAGUUGCUGUUGCAACUCUUGGUCAAGUUGUACAGAGCACAGGUUACGUGAUUGCUCCAUAUAACGAGUACCCACAGUUGCUUGGUUUACUGUUGAAAUUGUUGAAUGGUGAAUUGGCGUGGUCCACUAGACGAGAAGUACUAAAGGUUCUAGGGAUUAUGGGUGCUUUGGAUCCACACGUGCAUAAGCGCAAUCAGCAAAGCUUGCCAGGAUCACAUGGUGAAGUUACCCGUGCAGCAAGUGAUACUGGCCAACAUAUUCGGUCAAUGGAUGAGCUGCCUACAGACCUUUGGCCAUCUUUUGCAACAUCUGAGGAUUAUUAUUCUACGGUUGCCAUUAAUUCCCUUAUGCGUAUUCUUCGUGAUCCUUCACUUUCUAGUUAUCACCAAAAAGUGGUUGGAUCUCUUAUGUUCAUAUUCAAGUCAAUGGGCCUUGGUUGCGUUCCAUACUUGCCUAAGGUUCUACCUGAUCUCUUCCACACUGUACGGACAUGUGAAGAUGGUCUAAAGGAGUUUAUUACCUGGAAGCUAGGAACUUUGGUGUCCAUCAUACGACAGCAUGUGCGUAAAUAUUUGCCUGCCUUGCUUUCUCUUAUAUCCGAACUGUGGUCUUCAUUCAGCUUGCCUGCUACCAACCGCCCUGUUCAUGGUUCACCAAUUCUGCAUCUUGUGGAACAACUAUGCUUGGCACUCAAUGAUGAAUUCAGAACAUAUCUUCCUGUUAUUCUUCCAUGUUGUAUUCAAGUAUUGACUGAUGCAGAACGUUGCAAUGACUAUACUUAUGUUCAUGACAUCUUGCAUACUCUUGAAGUAUUUGGUGGAACACUGGAUGAACACAUGCAUCUACUUCUUCCUGCACUUAUACGUUUAUUUAAGGUUGAUGCUUCAGUGGAUAUACGCCGUGCUGCUAUUAAGACACUUACAAGGUUGAUUCCAAGCGUGCAGGUCACUGGUCACGUAUCAUCUCUGGUGCAUCAUUUGAAGCUUGUCUUGGAUGGAAAGAAUGAUGAGCUAAGAAAGGAUGCUGUUGAUGCCUUUUGUGUUCUGGCACAUUCUCUUGGGGAGGACUUCACCAUUUUCAUUCCAUCAAUCCAGAAACUAUUAGUGAAGUACCGUUUGCGGCACAAGGAAUUUGAGGAAAUAGAAGGUCACUUGCAAAGACGUGAGCCACUGCUUAUGGGAAGUAUCUCUUCACAAAAAUUGACUCGUCGGGUUCCUGUUGAGGUGAUUAGUGACCCUCUAGAUGAUGUUGAGAAUGAUCCUUAUGAGGAAGGGGGUGAGAUGCACAAACAGUUGAGAAACCAUCAAGUUAAUGAUGGUCGAUUACGGACUGCUGGGGAAGCUUCUCAACGUAGCACCAAGGAAGAUUGGGCAGAGUGGAUGAGACAUUUUAGUAUUGAACUACUAAAGGAAUCUCCUUCGCCUGCUUUACGAACAUGUGCAAGGCUUGCACAAUUGCAGCCAUUUGUGGGGCGGGAGCUGUUUGCUGCUGGUUUUGUUAGUUGUUGGGCACAGCUGAAUGAAUCUUCUCAACAACAGCUAGUUCGAAGUCUAGAGAUGGCAUUUUCAUCUCCAAAUAUUCCUCCUGAAAUUCUGGCGACGCUUCUUAACUUGGCAGAGUUCAUGGAACAUGAUGAGAAACAUCUUCCCAUAGAUAUAAGACUCCUUGGUGCCCUGGCAGAAAAAUGUCGAGCAUUUGCAAAGGCCCUACAUUACAAAGAAAUGGAGUUUGAAGGUGCACACUCCAAAAAGAUGGAUGCAAACCCAGUUGCCGUUGUGGAAGCUCUUAUACACAUAAAUAAUCAGUUACACCAGCAUGAGGCAGCGGUGGGGAUAUUGACUUAUGCCCAACAACAUUUGGAUGUUCAACUGAAGGAGUCCUGGUAUGAAAAAUUGCAGCGAUGGGAUGAUGCUCUCAAGGCAUACACAGUUAAAGCAUCUCAAGCAUCAAGUCCACAUCUUGCUCUGGAAGCCACAUUAGGUAGGAUGCGAUGUCUUGCUGCAUUGGCCCGCUGGGAAGAGCUUAAUAACCUUUGCAAGGAGUUUUGGACCCCAGCUGAACCUGCAGCUCGGCUGGAAAUGGCACCAAUGGCUGCUAAUGCUGCUUGGAACAUGGGUGAGUGGGACCAAAUGUCAGAAUAUGUUUCACGUCUGGACGACGGUGAUGAAACCAAGCUUCGGAUUUUAGGGAAUACCGCUGCUACUGGUGAUGGAAGUAGCAAUGGUACUUUCUUCAGGGCUGUUCUGUUAGUUCGUCGAGGAAAGUAUGAUGAAGCAAGGGAGUUUGUAGAGAGAGCUAGGAAGUGUUUGGCAACAGAGCUUGCUGCACUGGUUCUUGAGAGCUAUGAACGGGCUUACAGCAACAUGGUCCGUGUUCAACAACUGGCAGAACUAGAGGAGGUCAUUGAUUAUUGUACUCUUCCAGCGGGAAACCCUGUUGCUGAGGGGCGACGAGCCCUUGUUCGUAAUAUGUGGACUGAACGGAUACAAGGAGCAAAGCGGAAUGUUGAGGUUUGGCAAGCACUUUUAGUAGUUCGAGCACUUGUGCUCCCUCCUACAGAGGACAUUGAAACUUGGUUAAAAUUUUCUUCUCUUUGCCGAAAAAGCGGCCGGAUAAGUCAGGCUCGAUCAACUUUAGUUAAACUCCUACAGUAUGACCCUGAAAUUUGUCCACAAAAUUCAUCUUACCAUGGACCGCCUCAAGUCAUGUUGGCAUACUUGAAAUACCAGUGGUCUCUUGGGGAGGAUUCUAAGAGAAAGGAAGCUUUUGCAAGGUUGCAGGACCUUGCUGUAGAACUUUCUAAUGCAGCAAACAUUCCAACAGCAACUGCAAAUGGGUUAAUUAGUGCUUCAAGUCCAGGUGUUCCUCUGGUUGCACGUGUCUAUCUAAAGCUUGGAACUUGGCAGUGGGCACUUUCUCCUGGACUAGAUGACGAUUCUAUACAGGAAAUUCUUAUGGCAUUUAGUAAUGCCACUCAGUGUGCAAAAGAUUGGGCGAAGGCAUGGCACACAUGGGCACUGUUCAAUACAGCAGUGAUGUCUCACUAUACUUUAAGAGGAUUCCCUGCUAUUGCAGGACAAUAUGUUGUAGCAGCUGUUACUGGAUACUUUCAUUCUAUAGCAUGUGCUGCCACUGCUAAAGGAGUGGAUGACAGCCUACAGGAUAUUCUACGACUUCUCACAUUAUGGUUCAACCAUGGAGCAACUUCUGAAGUUCAAAUGGCAUUGCAAAAAGGCUUUGCACAUGUUAAUAUUGACACAUGGCUUGUUGUUUUACCUCAAAUAAUUGCAAGGAUACACUCAAAUAACCAUGCUGUGAGGGAAUUGAUACAAUCACUUUUGGUGCGCAUUGGACGAGCACAUCCACAGGCUCUUAUGUAUCCUCUUCUUGUGGCAUGCAAGUCAAUAAGCAAUUUGCGCAGAGCUGCAGCUCAAGAAGUGGUUGACAAAGUUCGGCAGCACAGUGGAACACUUGUGGAUCAGGCACAACUUGUCUCAAAGGAAUUGAUCCGGGUUGCAAUACUGUGGCAUGAAACAUGGCAUGAGGCACUAGAAGAAGCUAGCCGUUUGUAUUUUGGUGAGCAUAACAUUGAGGCAAUGCUAAAGGUGUUGGAGCCAUUGCAUGAAAUUGUUGAGGAUGGGGUUACCAAGGGGGGGACCACCAUGAAAGAAACAGCCUUCAUUCAGGCUUACGGGCGUGAAUUACUUGAGGCUUAUGAGUGUUGCAUGAAAUAUAAGAAAACUGGAAAAGAUGCUGAACUUACUCAGGCUUGGGAUCUUUAUUAUCAUGUAUUCAGACGCAUAGACAAGCAGCUUCCUAGUCUUACUACGUUGGACUUGCAGUCCGUUUCCCCAGAGUUGUUGAGUUGCCGCAAUUUGGAGUUGGCUGUACCUGGGACAUACCGUGCUGGAUCACCUGUGGUGACAAUUGCUUCAUUUGCACCACAGCUUGUUGUCAUAACAUCUAAGCAACGACCCCGAAAGUUGACAAUUCAUGGAAGUGAUGGGGAAGACUAUGCUUUCUUGCUAAAGGGACAUGAAGAUUUGCGCCAAGAUGAACGUGUCAUGCAGCUUUUUGGCCUGGUCAAUACUCUGCUAGAGAAUUCAAGAAAAACUGCUGAAAAGGAUCUUUCUAUUCAACGAUAUGCUGUUAUUCCAUUAUCUCCAAACAGUGGAUUGAUAGGAUGGGUUCCAAAUUGUGACACACUUCACCAUCUCAUACGGGAAUACAGAGAUGCUAGAAAGAUCACCUUAAACCAAGAGCAUAAACUUAUGCUAGCUUUUGCACCUGACUAUGACCACUUGCCACUUAUAGCUAAAGUGGAAGUUUUUGAGCAUGCUUUGCAAAAUACUGAAGGAAAUGACUUGUCAAGGGUUUUGUGGUUAAAAAGCCGUACUUCUGAGGUAUGGCUGGAUCGUAGGACAAAUUAUACAAGAAGCUUGGCUGUCAUGAGUAUGGUUGGUUACUUACUUGGAUUGGGUGAUCGACAUCCAAGUAAUCUUAUGUUGCAUCGUUACAGUGGGAAAAUAUUGCAUAUCGAUUUUGGAGAUUGCUUUGAAGCUUCUAUGAAUCGGGAGAAGUUUCCUGAGAAGGUUCCCUUCCGCUUAACUAGAAUGCUUGUGAAAGCUAUGGAGGUUAGUGGCAUUGAGGGAAACUUCCGUUCAACUUGCGAAAAUGUGAUGCAGGUUCUCCGAACAAACAAGGAUAGUGUCAUGGCUAUGAUGGAGGCCUUUGUACACGAUCCUCUUAUAAAUUGGCGACUUUUCAAUUUUAAUGAAGUGCCACAAAUGUCAAGUUUUGCAAGCACGCAUGUCCAGCCAGUUGUGAAUAGUGAAGAAGCAGCACCAAAUAGAGAGCUUCAACAACCUUUGCGGGGUGCUCGUGAGAGGGAACUUCUUCAGGCUGUCAACCAACUUGGUGAUGCUAAUGAGGUUCUAAAUGAGCGUGCGGUGGUUGUUAUGGCUCGGAUGAGUAAUAAACUUACGGGACGUGACUUUUCUACUGGUUCUUCUAUGCCUGGCACCACUAGCUACAUGCAACACACACUAGACCAUAGUACUUUGAUUUCUGGAGAUGCUCGUGAAGUUGAUCAUGGUUUAUCUGUUAAACUGCAAGUUCAGAAGUUGAUUAUCCAAGCUACAUCACAUGAGAAUUUGUGCCAAAACUAUGUUGGGUGGUGUCCAUUUUGGUAAGCAGGGAAUUAGUUGUAAUAUAUUAUGUAUAUGGCGUGUACAUAUCCUCCCUACCCCUUUUUUUUUCUUAUGAUGUCUGUCACUGUAAAGUCCGUGAUCAUGUAAGAGACGUCAAAAGGGAAAAUGAAUGUCAAUGUUUCCUAUCAUUUUCUUCACCAAUGUUCGCGCACAACACGCAAUAGCCCUGUAACCCAUGAUGGGAUCUCCUGAAAGCAAAAAUUCUGCCAACACUAUGCAGGUACGGACAUCCAGCCGCACAGUGGUAACAUCUCUCCACAUUUAUGGGAGAUGUUCUCGAUGUGCGGCUAGAUUCAGUGCUCUCAUAGUUUUUGUUCUCA